GUUUUGCUCCUCGGAUCCACCGGAGUGUCCCGCCGCUUGUCCCCGUGAGGAGGACGACCUGUCCCCGGGAGGACACCGGGACUCGCACCCGGAGAACAGGAGGUGACGGCCUGUUGUUUUCCUCUGAGCUCCAGGAAACUGUCGACUGACAAACACAAGAUGUCUCCGUCUGACGUCAGGUUGCUGCUCCUCGGUCUCCUGCUCCUCUUCACCACGGUCUGGAGCCAGCAGGUUCCCGUUAACUGUGUGAUCAAGCAGGAGCAGGAGAGCUGUGAGGAGAAGAUGGCCUCGGACGAUCCCGGGAAUGAUCCCGAGUUCGGCUGUCCGUGGAUGUGGGACAACCUCACGUGUUGGAAGCCGGCGAGGAUCGGUGAGGUGGUCGAGGUCAACUGUCCCGACCUCUUCACGCAGUUCAUGAGCGGCGAAGACUUCGAGAUCGGGACGGUGAGUCGUAACUGCAGCGAGUUCGGUUGGUCCGAGACGAUCCCUCACUACAUCGACGCCUGUCUGUACGAGGAGGGGAACAGCACCCACCCGGACAUGUACUACGUGUCGGUGAAGGCUCUGUACACCGUGGGCUACAGCGUCUCUCUGGUGUCUCUCACCACAGCCAUGGUGAUCCUCUGCAGGUUCAGGAAGCUGCACUGCACCAGGAACUUCAUCCACAUGAACCUGUUUGUGUCCUUCAUGCUGAGGGCCAUCUCCGUCUUCAUCAAGGACGGCGUGUUGUACGCCAAGGAGGACAGCGAGCACUGCUUCAUCCACACGCUGGAGUGUCGAGCGGUGAUGAUCUUCUUCCACUACUGCGUCCUCUCCAACUACUUCUGGCUCUUCAUCGAGGGCCUGUACCUCUUCACGCUGCUGGUGGAGACCUUCUUCCCCGAGAAGAGAUACUUCUACUGGUACAUCAUCAUCGGCUGGGGCGGGCCGACCGUGUGCGUGAGCGUCUGGGCCGUGCUGCGGCUGCACUUCGAUCACAUCGGCUGCUGGGACAUGAACGACAACGCUGCCAUCUGGUGGGUGAUAAAGGGACCGGUGCUGGCCUCCAUCAUGAUAAACUUUGUUCUCUUCAUCGGAAUCAUCGUCAUCCUGGUGCAGAAGCUUCAGUCUCCGGACAUCGGAGGAAACGAGUCCAGUAUUUACCUGAGGCUGGCUCGCUCCACUCUGCUGCUCAUCCCUCUGUUUGGGAUCCACUACACCGUGUUCGCCUUCUCCCCGGAGAACGUGAGCAAGCGGGAGCGUCUGGUGUUUGAACUCGGACUCGGAUCCUUCCAGGGCUUCGUGGUGGCCGUCCUCUACUGCUUCCUGAAUGGAGAGGUGCAAUCGGAGAUCAAGAGGAAAUGGCGCAGCUGGACGGUGAACAGGUACUUUGCUGUGGACCUGAAGCACCGGCAUCCCUCGCUGGCCAGCAGUGGCGUGAACGGGGGAACGCAGCUGUCCAUCCUCAGCAAGAGCAGCUCGCAGAUCCGCAUGUCCAGCCUGCAGGCCGAGCUCCCGGCCACCUGAGCAACGCCGCCGCCAACGCCGCCGCCGGGAACGCCGCUCCCGCCGCCGGACCC